GUAGCCGCCGUUUUUGCGAAAGAGCUUCUUUUCCUUUUCGCACUAUUCAUCAGCCCACUCGCCAGCUCUCACGUGCACGCAACGUGCGAGAAGUGCUGUAAAGAGUGGGCUGCCGUACCUUUAUUAUUAUCAUUGAAGGGACGCGCUUCUAAAAUCUGCUGAAAGCAGAGCAGCAACACACUGGUGCACGCACCGAGAAGUUGACGACGGUAUCGUUUUGUGUUUUCAGCCUCGCGAUUAUUCGUCGUUGCGUCGACAGGGAGGCUUUACGUGUAGACUCCAUACAUUUCAUAAAUAUAUGUCUAGUACAUCUUUUCUCUUUUUCUCUUUCUGUUCUCCCACGAUCGAUUACGUAUAUUAAUAUUCAUAACUCUACGAGAGAUAAAGCCUCUCGCACUAUCAUUGUGAUUCGUGGAGGCUGUGUGCUGCUUGACGGCUACUCCAUUUGCCGCGGAUCAUCAUGUCCACCUCACCCGCCUCCACCUCUCCCGCAGCCGAUGACGCACAGAGGCUCAAGGAGGCGCAGCUGAAGAUCGGCAUGGCGCUGAAAAACGCGCAGUACGCCUUGACAACACACGCCCACCGCGGGUUGGCAGCGGCGCUGCACGAAAACGUCAACGCGCUGACCGCCCUCUCCACGUAUCUUUCGCUCUCCGGCAGUCCCGUCAAGGCGGCUGCGAUUGCGGGGCAGAUGGCGAAGAUUCUCAAGUCUGUCGUCACCUACGUCUCGGCCAAGGGAGCGCAACACCGGCUCCUCGCACCACGGCGCGGACAACUCGCGGCACAGCAGCUCACCGACUACACCCACCGGCAGCGUGGUGCUACCCGACGAGACGGGGUUUCCGUCAGGCACGCCGCGCGAGGCAAGCCCGCAGGUAGCGGAGCUUCAGAGGGCGCUCGAGGAGCUCACAAAGCAGCGCGACAACCUGAUGGAGGAGAAGCAGGCCCUCGAGGCACAGUUGGAGGAGGCACGUCUGGCCACCGUUUCUAGCUCAGCGGCGAGCGUGACGGCGAGGAGCGACGCCGCAGGCAGCACCGACAACACUGAGGCGAUGCUGCGAAAGCUGCGCGCCGAGGUCGAUGCGCUCAAGCGCGAGGUGCGGGCAGAGCACAUGAAGGCGGCCGCGCUGACUGACCAGCUGCACGAGGCAGAGGAGCAAAUCGAGGACAAGGUGGACCAGGUCCACGCCCUCAAGUCGCAGCUGCGCAUCUCACAGGAGGAGAAACUCUCGCAGGAUGCCGCGUUUUCGAAGAAGGAGGAGGAGAUCAAGGCCCUGCAGGAGUCGCUGCUGCAAAACACACGUCAAGCGUCUGCGACGGCCGCGGCAGAGUCUCGCGUUACAGCGCCGCACGGGUACGUAGACAAGGACGACUUUGACGCACUGAAACUGCAGAAUCAGCUUCUACAGCAGGCGUUGCGGGAGCAAGCAACCAAGGCACGGCCAACCGACACGCAGAGCGCCAUCACCCAGGAAUCCCUCGAGGAAAUAGAAGCCGAUCACCAACAGCAGCUCGAGGCGAUGAAGCUCACCAUCCAGGAGCAGUUUAACCGCGAGACGGAGCUACUGGAGAAGCAGCGUGGCAUGCAAGACACGAUUGAUGACCUUCAACGGCAGCUGCAGCUGAGCAGCAACCGCCAGUGGGUGCAGCAGGAGCGCGAGAAGCACCUAAACGAGAUGGACACCGCGAAGGCGCAGAUGGAGGCGCUGCAGGACACAAUUGAGAAGCAGGAGAAAGAAAUGCACCAGCAAAAGGAGCGCAUCGACGAGCUCGAGGACGCAGAGAAGAGCGUUGCGGAAGCAAACAAGAACUUGAAGGUGCACUACGAGACGCAGCUGUCGGAACUCCGGACAGAGCUUCAAAACGCAAAGGAUCAAAUUGAAGCGUUGACAGCACAGAACGACGCCCUGCGCGAGCAACUGGACAACGAGCGCCAGCAGCACGAGACAUAUCGAGAACAGACCCAGCGAAGCGACCAGGCGAAGCUGUCGGAGCUGCGGCAGCAACUAGCAGCAGAGCAGGAGCACUGCACGGCAAUGGAGGCGACCGCAGCAAAGCGUGAUGCCGAGGUGCAGCAGCAAAUCGCACAGCUACAGGAAACGGUCGAAUCGGAGCGGCGUGCGCACGAGGGGCAGGUGGCUGCGCUUCAACAGGAGCACGACGACAAACUUUCACAACUCCAGAAGAGCCAUGUGUCUCAGCUGGCACAGCUGACGCAAGAGGUGGAGGUCGCCCGCGCACAAGCGGCGGACGUGCACGGCAGUGCGACGGAGCGUGACGCAACGGCACAAGAACAGAUCGCACGCCUUCAAGAAAUGGCUGCAGUGGAGGAGCAAACGCACAAGGCGCAGAUGCAAGAGCUGGAGAACACGCACGCAGGUGAAGUAGGGAAGCUGCGGGAGCAGUUGGCUGCGGAGAGUGAACUCGCGAAGGCGGCCGCGGCGACCGCGGCGGAGCGCGAUACGACGGCGCAACACAACGCCGAGCAGCUUCAAGCCGCUUUACAGGAAGAAAGCGCAAAGUACAAGGCGCAACUCGAGGACGUCGAGCACAUGCUCGAGGCCGAACGUGCGCACGCCGCUGCUGCGGAACAAAAUGCUGCGGCACGUGACGCGGCGCUUGCACAGCUGCGCGAGCAAAUCGCCGCCGCCACGGAGCAGCACGAGGCCCACCUUGCACAGACACAGCAACUGCACGACGCACAAUUGUCACAACUGCAGGAACACCACGAAGCGGAGGUGGCGCAACUCAAGCAACAACUGAAUGCGGAGAAGGAGCGGGCGUCCGGCGCGGACCAACGCUGUGCGCAGGUGCAGACAACCUUAGCCGCCGAACGGGAUCAACAUGCCGUGGAACUCUCGAAGCUGAAACAAGACCACGUGACCCAGCUGGCAGAGGUAGAAGAGCAACUAGAAUCUGAGCGUGAGCAUGCAGUAGCGGCCAAGAACGAAGCAUCCGAGAGCGACGCGGUGGCACAGCAGCACAUCGAGCAGCUGCAGCACGCACUGAACGCCGCGCAGGAGCAGCAUUCGGCCGAGGUGUUGCAGCUGCAGGAGCGUCACGCAGAGGAGCUUGCGCAAGUGCACCGCGCCGCGGACGAGGAGCAGCAACAUCAAGACACGCAAGUCGCGGAACUCAAGAAGAACCACGAGUCGAAGGUGGCGAAGCUCGCGCAGCAGCUCGAAGAGGAGAGGGAGCGUGCAAACUACGCGGAGGGCAGUGCGACAGAACGUGACGCGGGUGCGCAGCAACGCAUGGACCAACUUCAGAGCACCAUUGACGCGGAACGUGAGAAUCACACAGCAGAGCUCGAUGAGGUAAAGCAAAGCCACGAGACGGAAGUGGCACAGCUCCGAGAGGAGAUCGCUGCUCAGGAGGAGAAGCAGAAAUCUCAGCUUGCUGCGCUGCAGAGCCGCCACGAUGUCAACAUCAAGGAGCUUGAGGAACAGCUGACGGCGGAGCGGGAGCGGGUUACAGCAGCGGAGGCGUCGGCGACGGACGGCAACACCGCAGCUCAGCAGCAGAUUGCCCAGUUACAAGAGACAGUGAAAUCGGAGCGCCAGCAGCAUGAGGCGCAAGUGGCGGAGCUAAAGCACAAGUACGAGACGCAGCUAACGAACCUGCAAGAGCAACUGCAUGAAGAACAGGCGGUCGCGAGUGCGGCGGAAAGGAAGGCGGUGGAACACGACAACGUGACAAGGCAGCAACUCCAGCAGUUAGAGGCGAAAGUUGCCGCUGAGAUCGCCGAGUUAAAUGCGUCCCUAACAGCGGAACGUACGCAGCAUGCAGACCGAGUGGCGCAGCUGCAGAAGGAUCAUGAGUAUCAGCUUAAGAAGCUCGCGCAGCAGCUCGAAGAGGAGAGGGAGCGUGCAAACUACGCGGAGGGCAGUGCGACAGAACGUGACGCGGGUGCGCAGCAACGCAUGGACCAACUUCAGAGCACCAUUGACGCGGAACGUGAGAAUCAUGCAGCCGCAAUUGCCGAGCUGCAGCAAAAGCACACCGCUGCCCUAAGUGAAAUGGACCAAUCAUACAAGGCACAGAUUGCGGAGCUCCAACAGGUGGGGGAGGCAGAGCGUCAGCGUGCGACCGCAUUAGAAGGCUCCGCAAAAGAGCAAGAGAGCGAAGUGCUUAGGUGCGUGAGAGAACUGCAGGACACCCUCAACAGCGAGCGGGACGAGCACGAGGUGCAGCUCACGGAGUGGAGAGAGAAACUCGCGGCGGAGCACGCACGUGUGGCAGCGGUGGAGGCCAACGUGGCAGAACGCGACGCCGCGGCUCAGCAGCUGCAACGCUCGAUCACAACGGAGCGCGAAGAGCACGAAGGGAUAGUUUCGGAGUUGCGGCGAAACCACGACAAGGCCCUGGCGGUGCUGAAGCAAACCCAUGGCACAGAAAUGGCAGAGUUGCAGAAACAGCUGAACGCUGCUCGGGGCCGCGUGGCGGAGGUCGAAAGCGAAGCCUCCGAGCGUGGGGCCGACCUACAGAAGAAGCUGACUGAGCUGCAGGACUCGGCAGCGACGGACCGCGGCUUGCUACAAGGCGAAGUGGCGGAGCUGAGGCAGAAACUGGAGGUGCAGUCGUCUCGGGCCGACGCGGCAGAGGCGGCGAUGAAGACGAAAGCGAAGGAAGCUGCCCAGGCGAUGAAGGUCGCUGCGGAAGCGCGUGCGGCGGAGGCGGAUGCGAUGAGAGCGGAGCACGAAGUAGCGAUCAAGCGGAUGCAGGAGGACACCGCCCUGCAAGUGAAGCGUGUACGGCGGGAGAUGGCGGACAAGGUGACGGUGGCCGCCCAACCAGUGGACUGGCUGAAGGACGAAAACGAAGCCUUGAGGAAGCAGUGCCAGGAAUGGGAGGAAAAAUGCAGGACGGCGACGAAGGAGAAGACGGCAGCGGUGCAGAAGGCGCGGGAGGCGGAGCAGACCCUGACCUCCCGCAAAGCGGAAGUAAAGCGGCUGAGAGAGGAGUGCAACGCGAUGCAGGACUCGAUGACAAAGUCGCUUGAGGAGAAGGAGGCGGCCAUGACGCAGCUGGCGAGCAACGCACAGGCGGCCGAGGAGGCGCGGGACACCGCCGCACGGCUGACGGCCUUGCGGGGGGAGAUGCAAGAGCUGCAGCAGCAACUCGAGACCGCAGAGAAGGACAAGGGCCUGCUCGUGGCCCGGUAUAAGCGUGCGACGGCGGAGAAGGAGGAGUGCGCGGAGGCGACGAGGAAGUUGCUGACGCAGUACAAGGAAACGGCGGCUGCGCUGGAGAAGCUGAGGGCGCAAAACACAGCCGCAGCGGCGGUGGAAAAGGAAGGGGCGGAGCGUGCGAAUCGCCCCCGUGACCUUCCCGCAGAGGUGGAGAGCUCCUUCAACGGCAGCGCAGAACCGUCUUCGAAGAACGGCGCCGUCAACAAGGACCAGGUGAAAAAGAUUGAGGACAUGGAGAAGCUGGUAGAUGCCCUUGUGACGCAGCUGGAUGCGGUGAAGAGGGAUAACGCACAGCUGCAGAGAGACCUCGCCACAGCGCGGGAAGCAGCGGUCGCUCCCAAAGCCGCGUCGCCGCCGUCGCCCAAGGACGCCCCGGACACGCUGACGUCCCUCGCGGAUAUGCGCCAGGUGCUGUCUAAGAUGCACGCACAGGCCCUCCCUGCAUUGAAUCGCGUCUACCAACGUGUGCAGACAGCCGCAGCAGCGAAUGUGGUGUCGAUGAGCCAGUUGGAUGCCAUGAGGGAGCUCUACGCGGCGAUGGAGGAGGCGCAUGCGGAGACGCAGGCGACGCUCGCGGACUUCGACGGCGCUGCGCAGCGACUGCGUGUGUCGGCGGAGCUGCAGGGGGUCCUUUACGGAAAGCUGUUAUCGUCCCUGCGCUCCACAGAGGCGUCCUCGACGUCGCCGGUGAUGGAUGUGGCGCUGCUGUGUGCCUGCACCGCACUCUUCACCGAGGUGUGUGCUGGACCGGUGGAGGAGGCCAACGGUAGUCAUGUGGCGAACCACGAGCCUUCUCUCCGAAUAACUUCACAGCCCACGCGAGCCGAAUCGUGCUCCGACCGCCCGUCGCAGAGGUCGCAGCAGGCGUCUCUGCGGUCACCUCCCGCCGUACCCGCCAGCACGGCCACCGUGGAUGGCGCGCGCCGCGUGAUUCCGCUUCACCAGCGUGACGACGAGCGCGGGGACGGACCGUCGGUCUCAUCAGUCGUCACGCCUGCGGGAGAAAGACGGCGAAGUGGUCGCUACGCAGUGCGCGGCAGCCCGCAGCGCGGUGCCUCCUUCGACAACUUUGCUGCCGCGCAGGCGAACAUUUCCGCUGCAGAGCAACGUGCUAGCUUACGUCCCGCCCCAACGCCUUCGUGGAGAUAA